AUGGAUGAUUUGAUCUGCGUUUUGAGCUCCAUGGUCUCAGACCGUGUUAGACACUAUGAGCUCGUAAAAAUCACGAUCCACACAUCCAAACGCAAACUUUACAUCCUCGUUGCUGACAGAGGAAUAUACCUUGUAACGUACAGUCUGAGUGGUAUUUUGGAGGAUGGUAAGAUUCCAUACAGUAAUGUGAAAAACGUCGCCCUUGAUGAGAGCAAAACAAAAGUCGUUAUUGAGCUUAAUGAGAGCAUAAUAAAACAUGAGGAGGGUAAUCUCGGAAUUUAUUCCAUGGAAAUCGAGACUCCGAAUCACGUUUUACUAUAUGACAAAAUUAAGAUUGCUGUCGAUACCAAUAUCAUGAUCCAAAAGUUUGAGGAAUCACCUGAAGAGGAACCAAUAACAAUUGUGGAUGAGCACACUAUCCUUCCAUUCAACGGUUAUAAAAAGAUGACGUUCGGAGGUUAUUUCUUUUUUGUUAGGGAUACAUUCAGAGAUACGACAUUAAAAACUCUAUAUAAUACACGGAUAGAAGAUGAUAGAGGAGUCACGAUAUCUAUUCAUGUCAGAGAUCCCAAUCCGAUACAUCAUUUGGAAAUGGAAGAUCCAUGUGACUUGUACAUGUACUCAAGGGGUUUUUUAAACGAAGUGAUUUUGAUUCUAAGUAAAGACAAAAAAAACACUCAUGUACCUGAAUGCAAUAUACUGAGGGAUGAAAUUUAUUACAAGAAAAUGAAGCUGAAUAAUGAUAUUGCAACUUGGUCAUGCUAUCACAUACUUGUGCAAAUGGAAAAGAAAGUUGUUGCGUUCUUUAUCCUCAGGAGAUUAUACAUCCCUCCACUUUUGGAUAUGUGCCAAGAUAUUUCUAUAAGGUUUGAUCUAACUCUUGAAGAAAACAGUAAAACCAGUGUAACUGAAUGGUGGAAUGAGUUUUGUCUUACAGUAAAUUCGUUCACGGCUAAUUCACAAAAAUUUAUAUGGAAUAAGGAUCUAAUACAAAUGAGAGUGGAUAACCUACGAUUUAGGAGUCCUAUGUAUUCCUUUCUAAAAAACAACUAUGGAAUAAUGCCAUCCUAUUAUAAACUCAUAAGGGGAUUCAUAGCAUCAACAUUAAAGCUGUUGCCACCCAACGUAGUAGAUCAAUCUACAAUAGUAAAACUUGAGGACCCCUUAUCAUUUUCUACGGAUGAACCCAUGGAAUACAUUUACAAAAUAGUAUCACAACUUUUUGGUGUUGGAAGCAGUAAAGUAACACAUUCACGUAAAACUUUAAUUAAUAAUUUCACAAUGCGGUUAGCGGACUAUAUUUCAUUUUGUAUUGAUGAGCUGAUCCUUGGAAAGGAAAUAUCCCUCUCACUUUUAAUAAGGGACGUAAGGUCUAUGGAUCAAAAUUCUAGGAAAAAGUUACACAGUAUUCUUGUAUUUUUAAUGCAUUUUCGCUCUCUUGAUUUCACAGUGGAUUACUCUCCAAAAAUAUUUGAAAAUAUUAUAGAUACAUAUAAAAGAAAUGGGAAUUUUGAUUGGAAACGAGUAACCUUUAAUCAUUUUUCUGUUUCAAGAUUUUUGGAAGAUGGUUAUAUAAGUGUUUUAUUUGAUGAUAUGGAUCCUAGAAAGUUUACCUGGGAUCCUUAUAUACUUUUAAUGUCUUCAUUGCUCGAAACGUUUAACAGUUAUACAAUACACAAGAGGAUAUUUAGAAAAAUGUUGGAGUUACCCAUGCCGAUCCCAACCACAUUCUUACCAUUGGUACCAUCAUUUGUCCAUAUUCUGCAGAAUAACUUGCACAAUUCAAAAACAACGCCCUUGUUACUGUCUUUGCUGAUAAACUUUAGUUAUCACAGUGAUGAGUUGAAGGAAUCUAUGAUGGCCUCAAAUAUCGCACCUACAGUAAUACAUUAUCUUUUAGAUGAGGGGGAUUCAGUACCCCUUACUCUAAAGUUAAUGACGAACUUGACAAAGAAAAAGGCUCAUCAGGACUCUUUUACUCAGGCUGGUGCCAUCAGUAAUAUAGUACUUGCCCUAAAGGCAUAUUACAAAGUUAACCGAGACAUUGUGGCUUAUGCUGCUGGAGUAAUAGGGCAGUUGAGUAAUUCAUCUAAAUUCUCAGACAAGCUAGACUAUAUCGCAGAUGUGAUGAUUUACACAUUUCACACCGGAGCUGGAUCGAGGGAAAACUUCGAAAAGAUUUUGUUUUGCUUGAGAAAGAUUGUAGUAAAUAGGUCUAUACUCAUUAAAGUCGGAAGGCAUUGCAUUCGUACCCUAAUUUUCAAUUUGAAACUUGAAAAAGAAAAUGACUAUUUGAUGAGUAUUUUUGAGCUUAUGCUAGAGCUUGCAAAUGUAGUACAAAACUGUAAAUUGAUGCGACACUAUGGGAUCUUGGAUGCCUUGAAUAAUUUGGAUGUAAAGGUUGAUAGCGUAGUACAGGUUGCAAUAAAACUAUCUACCAAGAUCAAAAAGAAGACCUUACACUGUAAUUUUUAAAUACUUGACAUUGUCAUACUUUAUUGCGAUUAUU